UCCAAGAGGAAAUCAAAUGUCCCUUCUGCCUAUAAUAUCUGACGGACCUAGUCACCAUACACUGUGGGCACAACGUCUGCGGAGGCUGCAUCACUCAGCACUGUGAGACAUGGGCAGAGGUGGGCUCUGACCCUUUGUGCUGCCCUAGCUGCAGAGCCCGAAUCCGGAAAGGGGCUCUCCGGAAUAACUAUCAGCUAGGAAACAUAGUGGAAAAAAUCAAACAACUGCAUUUCAAACCAGGAAAAGAGACUCUGUGUGAGAGACACGGCAAAGCCCUGGAUCUGUUGUGUGAAGAGGACGGGGAAGCCAUGUGUGUGGUUUGUGAGAGAUCCCCAGAGCACAGAUCUCACACGGUGCAGCUCAUGGAGGACGCUGCCCAGAAAUACAAGGAAAAAAUCCAGGCUCAUUUGAAGACUCUGAGGGAGGAGAGAGAAAAGCUGCUGGGAUCUAAAGUGACUAGAGAGGAGAAAAGCCCGAAGUAUCUGAAACAGAUAGAAAAGAAGAGGCAGCAAAUUGUAGCUGAUUUUCAGCAAUUGCACCAAUUCCUGGAGGAACAAGAGGAGCUCCUGCUGGCCCAGCUGGAAAAGCUGGAGGAGGAGAUAAUGAAGAUACAGAAUGAAAAUAUCACCAAAGUCUCUGAGGAAAUUUCCCAUCUCAGUAACCUGAUCAGUGAGCUGGAGGGGAAGUGUCAGAAGCCAGCAAGUGAAUUCCUGCAGGACAUCAGAAGCACCUUGUCCAGGUGUGAGAAGGGGAAGUUCCAGCAGCCAGAGGAGAUUUCUCCUGAACUGGAAAAGAGACUCAGCGAUUUGUCCCAGAAAACUCUUGCUCUCAUGGAGCCUCUGAGGAAGUUCAAAGGUACCUAGAAGGGAUCUAGAGUGGAAAUUGGGAAAAGCUUUUGUGGCUGUGGGAGGAGAAUGGCUCUUGGCAAUUGGUUCAUAGUUAGAUGAUGCUUCUCUUUAAUUCUUGGGUGAGAAUGUCACACACUUGGGGUCCAAGUCACCCUGAUUGAUUGAUUCAAACCUUUGUUUCUACCAAAAGCCUGCCUUGCCAUUACAGUUACUCUUAAAGUAAGAAAUGACAGACAUACAGAAAGACGAACUAGCCAAUUAUCUUCUCCUGGGCCAUAGGCAGGUCACAGUGAAUUUCUCCUAUGAAGCUCCGAGAACCCCUUACAAUGUCUGACAUAUUAUGCGUGUCCAAAUGAUGUAUGUAUUAGUUCUUUUCCAAUCAUCUUUGAGUGUUAUGAAUAUUAAAUAGCGUAUAUAGCUCAUACAAUACACAUACAUGAACUUCCUAAUUGGCAGGUCUUUGGAUGUCCAAGCUAUGUUCAUGUUGUUGUUCUCUUUUCUGAUUGAAAUAUUAUUAAGAUUCAGAUUUCAGCUCAGAUUUUUUUAGUAAAAGUCACAGAAAGGUCUCGAGCAAUAAACAAAACUUCACGGAAGCCUGUGACCUGUCCGUGAUUUUUACUAAAAUAUCCCUGACAAAGUAGGGAAGAAGGAGGGUCCAGCACCCACAGUGACUGGGGACUCUGGGGUCCCCUCUCCCUCCCCACCCCCCACAGCAGUUGGGAGCUCCAAGGCAUCUGCUGCAGCUAGGAACUGCUGAGGGCCCGCUGCCAGCAGCAGCUGAGAGCUGCAAGGCUCCCUGCUGAUCUCCAUGACAUAAUAAUCCUUAUUUCUUACCACUGAUUAUGCCCAGGUCACUUUCAAGCUUGUCUCCAUAUCGCAGUUUUUGGAGUUUGCUAACUGCUCCUGGACAGUACAUUUUGGGAGUGUUGUCUUUAACCUCUUUGUGUGAUCAAAACAUCUUUGUCCUACAGAGCAACUUAUGAACACAUCGCUUCAUAACAAGGUCACUUAAGGCAACACUUCCCUUACGUCCAGCAAACUACUCACCAGGCCAAAGCCGAGUCAGUCAGUGCAAACACACAAUCGUGGUCUGUCCAAACUGCUGCAUAAGAAAUGACCCUUGUAGCAUUCUCAAUACUUAGCAUAACAAACAGUGGAAAGCAGACAAAUGGAGCAGACGUAGCAGGGGCCCAGGAGUCGGGAUGGCUCACAUGAAUUCAUGAUUUAUUGAAGGUCAGAACAUUCGGGCCCCAAUUUAGCAAAAUGGACUAAUUUGGGGCAGCUACGUUUCUCUGUCCCAUCUAGAGAGCUGCAGGUGGAGUCAAUGCAGGUGCCCCACUCCUCUGAGAACCAGGCCCUAGGGCCUAAAAGUCGCCAUCCAAGAUAUAGACCAGAAAUGAGAGGCCGUCUGUUAAAGCUGGACCCAGCCCAUCACUCUGCUCUGGUACUGGAUGGCAGCUGUGCUGAGCCAAUGGGCUUUGGGGAAGGAGAAAGCUCCUCCCACACAGUGAGGAAUCCUCCAGCCAUGGGCGGCAGACACUCUGCCGUCUGCACUGGAGAGAAAAAGCGGGGAACCCCUAGGAGCCCCCAGACUGGUGCAUGUGACUCUGGAUCCAGACACGGCUCAUCCCAUCCUCGUCCUGUCUGAGGAUCGGAAAAGUGUGAGACGGAGAGACAGACGGCAGCGACUGCCUGACAACCCUGAGA